CGUUUGGGGAAAAUGCCGUUUCCGUGCCCGUGUGUGACGCAGCCUCUAGAUCUAAUCAAUGAUUAUUAUUAUUAUUAUUAUUUAUUUAUUUAUUUUUAACGGACACUUCGGGGGGGUUUGAACAGCCAGACCGGAUCAGCAGGUGGUUGUUCUGUAACGCUCCGUCUGGUCCGUGCGCGGCGCGCGCGCCCUUCACCGGAACUUCCCGUCGUCGUUGUUGAUGAGAGCAGCAGAAGCCGACCGGCACGGACGAUACCGGGGAAAGAGCCGGUGAAGCAGCGGCCUCACACCCGCAGAGCCAUCCAAUGACGCAUCGGCGUUCGUCCCAACACACCGGUCAAUAAGACUCAACGCCACCACGGAGAUCGGUCUUUCCGAGACUAGAGCCCUUCCGCCCGGACAGACAGAGAGACGUCACUGUGGCAACAGCCGAGACAGGAACGUGACCUGCAGGGAAUUUCAGCUGGAAGAAGCGCGUGAGAACCAGCGCGAGGAGGUCUCUAUGUGCGUGACAAUGGGAGACAUCAGUGACCUGGACCGGCAGAUAGAGCAGCUGCGAAGAUGUGAGCUGAUCAAGGAGAACGAAGUCAAAGCGCUGUGCGCCAAAGCCAGAGAAAUCCUGGUUGAAGAGAGUAACGUUCAGAGAGUAGACUCUCCAGUCACUGUUUGUGGUGAUAUACACGGUCAGUUCUAUGACCUGAAAGAACUCUUCAGAGUGGGGGGAGAUGUCCCAGAGACCAAUUAUCUCUUCAUGGGGGACUUUGUGGACAGAGGCUUCUACAGCGUGGAGACUUUCCUUCUGCUGCUGGCCCUCAAGGUGCGUUAUCCAGACAGGAUCACUUUGAUCCGGGGAAACCACGAGUCCAGGCAGAUCACACAGGUCUAUGGCUUCUACGAUGAGUGCCUCCGCAAGUACGGCUCUGUGACGGUGUGGAGAUACUGCACCGAGAUAUUCGACUACCUGUCGCUCUCUGCCAUCAUCGAUGGAAAGAUCUUCUGUGUGCACGGAGGGCUGUCCCCCUCCAUCCAAACACUGGACCAGAUCCGGACCAUUGACAGGAAACAGGAAGUGCCUCACGAUGGGCCCAUGUGUGACCUUCUGUGGUCAGACCCUGAAGACACCACCGGGUGGGGGGUCAGUCCCAGAGGGGCUGGAUAUCUGUUCGGGAGCGACGUGGUGGCUCAGUUCAACGCCGCCAACGACAUCCACAUGAUUUGUCGAGCGCACCAGCUGGUCAUGGAGGGCUACAAGUGGCACUUCAACGAGACUGUGCUCACCGUGUGGUCCGCACCCAACUACUGCUACAGGUGUGGAAACGUUGCGGCCAUCUUGGAGCUGGAUGAGCAUCUACAGCGGGAGUUCAUCAUAUUUGAAGCAGCGCCACAGGAGACCAGAGGCAUCCCCUCCAAGAAGCCCGUCGCCGACUAUUUCCUGUAGAGCUCCAGGCCAGCAGCCAUAAGGCGCCGCCAUUCUAGUUCCAGUUCUCCCCGGCGCCUCCGGCCUCCUGCUGCUCCCCGACAGCGGCGUCCGUCUGAACUCAAAGCAGUCCGGAGGCCUGCUGGCUCCUGUGGAGCGGCCUGGAUGUGGCCUCCAUCUGUCCUGCUCUGUAGACACAACUUCCAGCCCGACUCCGCCUCUCUGCUCCUCUUUUUUUUAUUCAGACCAUUUCUUUUAGUUUCAGUUGGAAAACCGUAACUUCUCUCUUUGUUCAAAGAUACGCAGCUGUGCAAAGUUUUAUGAUUUUAAUGAAUUCCUUUAAUGCAUAUUAUGUUGUCUCUGUACAGUUAUUGCUGCAAGAUUCCAGUGACCCCCCCCCCCCCCCAUAUGUCACAUGACUCGCUAUCUACCAUUCAGAACGCUGCUGUGAAUAAACUCCUGAAGGACGACUCAGCAGGAAGCUCUUCUCACAUCCGUUUCCACUCUUCCUUCCUUUUAACCCGUCUGUCGAUUUUGAUAUUGUGAGAAUAAAGUUUUGUACCAAUGCUGA